CCACUGCGAUAUGCUCGAGCCCGGAAACAUUUACUGCAAUCUGCCCACUCCUUUACACUUUCUUAUUUUAUCACUUGACAUUCACAUUCUCGCUUCUUAAAAUCUUCCACUGAACGAAAACAUGUCUCUGCUUGUUCCACUUUCACUCUUCUUCUUCGCCAUUGUUCCUGCUUCUUCAUCUUCAGAGCUUGACACUCUCAUGACCAUCAAACACUCACUCGACCCGCAGAACGUAUUUCUGACCUCAUGGACUCCGAAUUCCGACCCAUGUAGCGGCGGUUUCGAGGGCGUGGCGUGCAACGAACAAGGCCACGUCGCUAAUAUUUCGCUUCAAGGAAAAGGUCUCUACGGCAGCUUACCGGCUGCCGUCGGCGACCUCAAGAGUUUGACAGGUCUCUAUCUUCACUUUAAUGCUCUGAGUGGGACGAUACCCAAAGAGAUUGCAAAUUUGAGUGACCUCACCGAUUUGUAUCUCAAUGUCAAUAAUCUCUAUGGUGAUAUCCCUCAUGAAAUUGGACACAUGUCUAAUCUUCAAGUUUUGCAGCUUUGUUGUAACAAGUUUACUGGGAGUAUUCCCACAGAAUUGGGAAACUUGGAGAGACUCAGUGUUGUUGCUCUACAAAAUAAUGAAUUGAGUGGUGCAAUUCCUGCAAGUUUGGGUCAGCUACAGUCGCUAACAAGGUUGGAUCUGAGCUUUAAUAAUCUAUUUGGUCCUAUUCCAGUGAGAUUAGCUGAUGCCCCCAAACUAGAAAGCCUUGAUAUUCAAAACAAUUCUCUCUCAGGCAAUGUCCCUCCAGCUCUUGGAAGACUGAAGGGCGGUUUCCAGUACAUCAACAAUCCUGGCUUAUGUGGGACUGAGUUUACAAAUUUGCUGGCUUGUAAAUCUUUGUUUGACCCAAGCAAGCCUGAACCAUUCGAACCUGAUAACUUUUCCAGCCCGAAAGGUCUUCCUGCUUCAGUUGAUCCAAAAGAUGAAAGAAAGUGCAGUGAUGAUGAAACCCACUGUCAAAAAUCACUGCAAUACUCAAAAAUGGCUCUGGUUUUUGGUGUGAUUGGAAUUAUUGUUGCUUCCACAGUUUCUGGACUUUCCAUGUUUGUGUGGUACCAUCGUCAUCAAAAACAAAAGAUUGGCUGCGGUAUUAUUGAUGCUUCUUCUCCUAGUAGUAGCCUGCAAGUUUGCAGGAAAAAUAAUAAUGCAGCUUCUUUGAUCAGUUUAGAGUAUUCUAAUGGAUGGGAUCCAUUAGCCAAAGGAAAAAGUACUUAUUCCCAGGAAAUUCUAGAGAGCUUUAUGUUUGAUCUAGAGGAAGUAGAACGUGCAACUCAGUGCUUCUCUGAGGUGAACUUGUUGGGGAAGAGUAAUAAUAAUAAUUAUUUGUGUGGAAUUUACAAGGGGAUUUUGAGAGACAGAUCACAUGUGGUUGUGAAGUGUAUCAACAAGACAAGCUGCAAGUCUGAUGAAACUGAGUUCUUGAAAGGGUUGAAGAUAAUGACCUCAAUCAAACAUGAAAAUCUUGUCCGUUUCAGAGGAUUUUGCUGUUCUAAAGGCAGAGGAGAGUGCUUCCUUGUUUAUGAUUUUGCCCCAAAUGGGAAUUUGUCUCAGUAUUUGGAUCUCAAGAAAGGGGAUUCUAGGGUUCUUGAAUGGUCUACCAGAGCAUCCAUCAUCCACGGUAUUGCUAGAGGUAUUGGUUAUCUUCAUGGAAAGAAUAAGGGAAGAAAACAACCCCUAGUUCACCAGAACAUAUCAGCUGAUAAUGUGCUGCUUGAUGCACAUUAUAAUUCAUUACUUGCAGAUUCAGGAUUGCACAAACUUCUUGCAGAUGAUGUUAUCUUCUCCACACUGAAAGCUUCUGCUGCCAAGGGCUACCUUGCUCCGGAAUACGCCACCACCGGUUGUUUAACAGAAAAGAGCGACAUUUAUGCUUUCGGAGUGAUAGUUUUCCAGCUUCUUACUGGAAAGAGUGAUAUUACUCAGUUAUAUAAUCAUCACCAGGCAGAAACAUCAUCAUCAUCAUCAUCAUGUGGUUUUAAUGAUAUGGUUGAUGACAACCUGGAAGGGAGAUUCUCAGAAUCAGAAGCAGCUAAACUGGGGAGGAUUGCUCUAGUUUGCACUCAUGAAUCACCCCAUGAAAGGCCAUCUAUGGGACAUGUAAUGCAAGAACUGUCGGAGAAGUGAAAACACUAAGAAUGAAAGUCUUGCCUCAUCGUGUUUGAAGUGUGACUGUAAAAUAUUGUCUGUAACAUCAUAUCUUGUGAUGUAAAGUUUGCUAAAAUAGCUUCGUGUGUAACUGUAGAAUAUAAUUAAGUGUUCAAAGGAAACCUUUUUCCUAUAAAAUGGAUGCUUGCUUUUUGGGUUCCUAAUAUAAAUUGUGAUAUAUUGGAUGUCUGAGCUGUUCUGUAUAA